AGGGUCCAUCCUACUCACCUUUACACCUAUAGCAGGGUCCACCCUACUCACCUUUACACCUAUAGCAGGGUCCAUCCUACUCACCUUUACACCUAUAGCAGAACAAGAAACAAGUAGAGGAAGUGUUACAGCCCUGCUGAGUUGUUGGAGACCACCUUCUGUCAGAGACCUUGGAGGCUUAUCAUUCAUCAUCACAAUCUUCUCUUAAUCAGGCAAAUUCAUAACACCAUCAUCACAGUAUAUGUUUGGUGAGUUUGAAAAUUAUCUGAGAUUUUCAUUGAAAGGUGAACAUGUUAGGCCUACUUGGUGGUGUUGUGUAAUGUCAUUUGCUCAGGCUGUCAUUUGUUGAAUGGGUAAUUUGAUAUCCGUACAUCUUAUAUCUCAAUAUCGCAUUUCAAUUAUUGGAUAUAUCCUAGACGUCAUGUGCAUAGAAGAUAUGGUUUGGUUGAGCCCGAUAGAGCUUUAAUCAGUAGGAUGUCAGGACCAAGGGGAGCAGUAGACUACUUAGCCACCACCGUCCCGAUACCCGGGUCAUAUUUUAAGAGGUGAUAUAAUCAAAUUAAAUGUUAGGGUGGAAGUCUCCGUGAAAACUUAUUCGUUUUCUCUUACCACCUCUCAGUUUUCGGAAAAGUGACGUGCGCGACAAUGGAGGUGCCAGAAUUUUUCCCACCUCCUGAAAACUUAACGGCGGCUGUCGUGCACCCGUUGUGCGAAGAAUGGAAGGGGGGAUCCGAGGUGGCUAUCUUCCACCUCGCCAGUAUCUUCCUUGUUUUGGGGUUCAUGGGAGGGAGCGGGUUCUAUGGGCUCCUCUACUUGUUUACCUUUCUGACGCUCGGUUUCUUCUGCACAACCAUUUGGUCAUGGUCGGACGCGUGCACCACCGACACCUUUUUGUGGAAUUUCGCUCUCUUUGGGGUAUGUGCAGUUCAAGUUGUGCAUGUCGCCUACCGGCUGAGGAACGUUACUUUCGAAAAGGAGUUUCAAGAUCUGUACAGCUACCUGUUCAAAAAGCUGGGGGUGUCGCUCACCCACUUCGGCAAGAUAGUCGCCUGUUGUGAAGGGGACAUCCACACUAUAGAGAAAGACCACUGUUUUGCCAUGGAGGGCAAGACUGCUAUUGAUAAGCUGUCCGUUCUUCUGUCCGGCAGAAUUCGUGUGACAGUAAAUGGAGAGUUUUUACAUUACAUCUAUCCUUUCCAGUUUCUCGAUUCACCUGAAUGGGACUCUCUCCGGCCGUCAGAGGAGGGACUUUUCCAGGUGACCCUGCGUGCAGAUAAUUGCUGUAGGUACGUUUCUUGGAGACGUAAGAAACUGUACCUACUCUUCGCCAAGCACCGCUACAUCGCCAAGGUCUUUGCGCUCGUGGUGCGGAAUGACAUCGCGGACAAGCUGUACUCCCUCAACGACAAGGCUUUCGACAGCCGCGGGUUCCGAUAUGAUCUCCGGUUACCCACCUACUGUCACGUGCCCCCGUUGCCUGAAUUAGACCGGACAGAUGCGUUCCUACGAGUCCCAGCGCAAUGUGACCAUGGCCACCGUGCCCGUGUCCCUAUAACUAUAACAGCACCGAAAGAGACUGUCUCGUGACUGGAACGGAACUUUUUAACGUUUGUUUUUCAUUAAUGGAUGUUGUUUUUGUCUGUUAUCCUCAAGUGCUUAGGCUAUAGAUAGGGCAUAAGCUAUGUAAUUUACGCAUCAACAUAGAAUACAUUGUAGCACAUCAAGUAACCCUCCACUUGGUUUGCGAGACAUGUGUGUGGGAGUGUGAGAGAGAUUUUCUCUGCAUCAAAAUACCAGUGAAAUGUUACCCCUGAUUCCUGCUUAUGUUUUAUAGUGCACUUUACUACCUGCCUGUCUUAAAUUGAGACUGUAUAUUCAAUGCCUUACUGAGUUUUUUUGGUCAAUAUUUGUGUUUAAUCAUAAAAAAUUAUUAACAAUGCAAUGUAACCCUA